UUCCGGUGAGUGUUUUCUCCCCUCAUUUCUCGAGCACUGUAUCUUUGGCGACGGUUACGGCCAGGAAGGCGAUCUGAGCUGCUUAAGCGGCAGCGGCUGGAGUCCCCGAUGACUCGGCGCCUUUAUCGUUCUGCGCACGGGAUGAUGAGACAGGACCAAAGAGGGAAAGUGAUCUCCCCAAAGUCACAGAACAGUUGAUAAAUCUGGACAGGACCACAGGCUUGUAACUGCAAGGACCAGGGAUUUUUAUAUUAAUCUCGUAGGAAAGAGAUCCAAAGAUCUUUGUAAGCUAUCUUGCUGGGAAAUGCCCAAAGUCAAAAGAAGCCGGAAAGCACCUCCAGAUGGCUGGGAGUUGAUCGAACCAACGCUGGAUGAAUUAGAUCAAAAGAUGAGAGAAGCUGAAACUGAACCCCAUGAGGGAAAGAGGAAAGUAGAAUCUCUGUGGCCCAUCUUCAGGAUCCAUCACCAGAAAACUCGCUAUAUCUUCGACCUCUUUUACAAAAGGAAAGCCAUAAGCAGAGAACUCUAUGAAUACUGCAUUAAAGAAGGCUAUGCAGACAAAAACCUGAUUGCAAAGUGGAAAAAGCAGGGCUACGAGAAUCUCUGCUGCCUACGCUGCAUUCAGACUCGGGACACCAACUUUGGGACGAACUGCAUUUGCCGGGUUCCCAAAAGCAAGCUGGAAGUGGGUCGCAUCAUCGAGUGCACGCACUGUGGCUGCCGGGGCUGCUCUGGCUGACACCCUUGACUCCUCUGCAUUCUGGACUUUGGACCU